GGCUUUACAGACAGGAGCGCUGCGUAGCGACCAGUUUCUGAAUCUCCCCAAUAAUUAAACAGCGUGAUCAGAAAACGGGCGAAUAUCGUGACGAUUUUCUACAGUAUCAUAUACGACAAGACGAGACAAGAUCUGGAGACUGCGUUACGGAUAAGAAACCUUUUUCAUUUCUUUUUUUUUUUCUUGGGUUUUCUUUUUCUUUUUUUUUUAUUAUCACGUUUAGACGUCGGAACACAAAAGAGCUUUGGAGACGAUGGUGAUGAUGGUGAUGAAGAUGAUGGUGAUGAUGAUGAUGGAAAAACAGCUUCGCAUCACGAAUAGAUGCCGGACAACCAGAAGACUUUACACCUGUAUGAAGUAAAGGGGGAUUUUGGUGCUUGGAGAUCACAGGUGAUUCUCUAACAGACUGAUUGAGGUUUUUGUAGGAUUGUGUUCAGAUGCUGUCAUUGUGCUGUGGUCCUCUGUUGUGCUCCAGUAAGAAGGAUGCAUGGGAGUAUGCCAGCUUUCCUGUUGUUUCUCCCUGAUGUGCACGUUGAUACAUGGUUUGUUUUAAAAGGAAACAGUGUGUCAGAGAAGAAAUCCAUAUUUUUAAAAGCAACCACUGGCAAAUCUUGAACAAUCUGUGUUUUACACAAGGUUCUUUCUUGUUAUAAGCUCCUGCUGUCGGGUUUUGCAAAUUAAGUUUUAUUUAAGCAAGUCGCUUUGAGGUGACUGCAUCAACCUUGCAUACUUGAAUUAUUUUUAUUCCUAAAUAACUUGUCGAGGAUGGUAGAGCCUGUGGGAUUUAUUGAGGCCUGGAAGGCACAGUUUCCGGAGUCCGAGCCUCCGAAGAUGGAGCUGAGGUCUGUGGGAGGCAUCGAGCAGGAAUUGGAGAAGUGCAAGGUGUCUAUUAGACGGCUGGAGCUGGAGGUGAACAAAGAGCGUUUCCGCAUGAUCUACCUCCAGACUCUGUUAGCUAAAGAGAGAAAAAGUUAUGACAGGCAGCGUUGGGGCUUCAGGAAGGCACAGAUGGCUGAGGGGGAUGCUCAAGCAGGUGGAGCUGACCCCCAGCACUCACAAAUGCAGGAGCUUAGUCAGGGGGAUCGCACAAGAUUCCAACCUGUAGGAGAAGCCAGGCCUAAACCACGGCCUCCUCCGGCUAGGAAAUCCGCCUCGCACGGAGAUGGACUGGAACUGCAGUCAGCCUUUGAGCCCCACCAACUAGGGCAGGGCAGUGAGACAGAUGGGCUCUCACCAUCUAAACAGAGGGGAGGAGUCUCUCCUCGCAGACCGCAUCCUCCUCCUGACAAGGAGCUCCCAUCUGACCCAUGUCCUAAGGACAAGCCAGGCAUGGGACUUGGCGUGGCUGCUUUGCGCUCUAACUUUGAGCGGAUCAAACGAGCAAACUCACACUCAGCUGGGGAUGGAAGAGGAGGCCAGGACAAGCAGCCUUUCUACACCAACAUGGAAUUCCAUCAUGAAAAGGGCCUAGUGCGAGUUAAUGAUCGUGACGUCUCGGACAAAAUCAGUUCCCUUGGCACACAGGCCGUGCAAAUGGAGCGCAAGAGGUCCCUCCAUUCCCUGCCUGGCAACUUAGCCACUGUCGCUGGUGACUUGCGCCCCAGGCCUGUCUGUAGGGGCCGGUCCAGUGAGAGCACCUGUGGCUAUGAUGCUGAAUGUGAAGACGGCGAACCCAGCCCUCGUUACAACAGAGAUGGGACUGCUCGGCCAAACGGAAACAAACCACCACCUCCACCAUGGCAUCCAACAGAUUUUCAGCCCUACAGUGGGGUUUACGUGACUAGUGAAAGCAGUGAUGGUCGGGUCACGAUGCGAGAGCAUGUCAGCAGUGAUGACCAUCACCUCACCUGGCCGAGGAGAUCGUACUCACCUGGAAGCUUGGAAGAUGUCGGUGGAGGAGGGGGAGGCUACACGCCUGACUGCAGCUCCAACGAGAACUUGACUUCCAGCGAGGACGACUUCUCAUCAGGACAGUCAAGUCACGUGUCACCCAGCCCAACCGCCGCAUUCCGCAGGCCCUUCAGGGAGAAAAGUCGCUCGCCCUCACAGAACUCUCAGCACUCACUGGACAGCAGUAGUCCUCCGACACCACAGUCCCAGAAGAGACACCGACAGCCACAUGUGGUUGUUUCAGAGGCCACUAUUGUCGGCGUCCGCAAAACGGGUCAGAUCUGGCCCCAUGAUGGAGACUCCGUCCCCUCUAUUAGGACGUCCCACGAAAACAGUUACCAUGGAGAUCUCGAUGGUCCAUUCACUGGAACCCCUCCUUCAUACGGUUACGAUGCUGACCGGGCCGAGGAGCAGCGUCGUCACCACGAUAUCCUGCCCUACAUCGACGACUCUCCAUCGUCCUCGCCGUACCUCAGCUCCAAGAGCCGGAGCAGCAGAGACACACUGUCCUCUGGCUCCCUCGAGUCCUCCAAGUCUGCUGACCUGGACCUGGAGAAAGGACUGGAGAUGCGCAAGUGGGUUUUGUCUGCCAUCCUGGCCAGUGAGGAAGUCUACCUCAGCCACCUGGAGGCGCUGUUGCUGCCCAUGAAACCACUGAAAGCCGCAGCCACCACGUCGCAGCCGGUCCUGACCAUCCCACAGAUCGAGACCAUCUUCUUCAAAGUGCCUGAGCUCUACGAGAUCCACAAAGAGUUUUACGACAGCCUCCUCCCCAGAGUACAACAGUGGAGCCACCAUCAGCGUGUAGGAGACCUCUUCCAAAAACAAGCAAGUCAGCUAGGUGUGUACCGGGCAUUCGUGGACAACUACGAACUAGCCGUGGAGACGGCAGAGAAAUGCUGCCAAGCAAAUGCACAGUUUGCCGAGAUCUCCGAGAACCUGAAAGUCCGAAGUACCAAAGAGUGCAAGGACCAGAUAGCCAAGUACUCACUGGAAACUCUCCUUUAUAAACCAGUGGAUAGAGUAACAAGAAGCACACUCGUUUUACAUGAUCUGCUAAAGCACACACCCUCAAGUCACCCGGAUCACCCCCUCCUCCAAGACGCCCUUCGUAUCUCGCAAAACUUCCUGUCAAGCAUUAACGAGGAAAGCACACCACGUCGCCAGUCUAUGACCGUGAAAAAAGGCGAGAAUCGGCAGCUGCUGAAGGACAGCUUCAUGGUGGAGUUGGUGGAAGGAGCAAGAAAACUGCGACACGUUUUCCUUUUCACUGACCUGCUGCUCUGCGCCAAGCUCAAGAAACAGAUCGGAGGGAAGAGUCAACAGUAUGACUGUAAAUGGUACAUUCCACUGUCAGAUCUGACCUUCCAGGCAGCAGAGGACACGGAACCCGUCCCGAUCCCGCAGGUCCCGGAUGAAGAACUAGACGCCGUUAAGAUUAAGAUCUCUUCCCUGAGGAGCGAGAUUCAGAGAGAGAAGAGAGCUAACAAGGGUUCAAAGGUCAUUGAGAGGCUGAAAAAGAAGCUGUCAGAACAGGAGUCACUGCUGCUUCUGACGUCUCCCAACAUGCCACUGCGAGUGCAUAACAAAAACGGCAAGAGCUACAUGUUCCUGAUCUCCUCUGACUACGAGCGCGCCGACUGGAAGGAUAUGAUUCGUGAACAACAAAAGAAAUGCUUCAAGAGUGUGUCCCUGACCUCCAUGGAGCUCCAGAUGCUCACCAACUCCUGUGUGAAACUCCAAACCGUCCACCACAUCCCUCUGACCGCCAACAAGGAAGACGACGAAUCUCCUGGACUUUACGGCUUCCUGAAUGUAAUCAUCCAUUCUGCUUCUGGACUAAAGCAAAGCUUAAAUCUGUACUGCACGAUGGAGGUCGACUCGUUCGGUUUAUUUGUGAACAAAGCCAAGACGCGUGUUUACAGAUACACUACAGAGCCCAAAUGGAACGAGGAGUUUGAGAUUGAGCUGGAAGGCUCUCAGAUGCUGAGGCUGCUUUGUUAUGACAAGAGCUACAAUAAAACCAAGAUGAGCAAAGAAGACGGAGAGAGCACGGAUCGUAUAAUCGGCAAAGGACAGAUUGUGCUGGACCCUCAGAUGCUUCAGGGUAAAGACUGGCAGAGGACUGUUAUUCCUAUGAAUGGGAUUGAGUUGAAGCUGUCUAUGAAGUUCACAAGCAGAGAGUUCAGCCUGAAGCGAACGUCCUCGUGUAAACAAGCAGGAGUGUUCGGAGUAAAGAUCUCUACGGUGACCAAACGAGAGCGCUCGAAGGUUCCGUACAUUGUCAGACAGUGUCUAGAGGAGAUUGAGAGGAGAGGAAUGGAGGAGAUCGGCAUCUACCGCGUCUCAGGAGUCGCCACUGACAUCCAAGCUCUCAAAACUGCCUUUGACACAAAUAAUAAGGAUGUCUCAGUGAUGAUGAGUGAGAUGGAUGUCAACGCCAUUGCUGGAACUCUGAAGCUUUAUUUCCGGGAGCUUCCAGAGCCACUUUUUACCGAUGAGCUCUAUCCUAACUUUGCUGGAGGCAUCGCUCUCUCAGACAGCGUGGCUAAAGAGAGUUGUAUGCUCAACCUGCUGCUGUCUCUUCCUGAACCAAACCUGGUCACAUUCCUCUUUCUACUGGAUCACCUGAAGAGGAUUGCUGAAAAGGAGAGCGUGAAUAAGAUGUCUCUGCACAACCUGGCCACGGUGUUUGGCCCAACUCUUCUCCGACCAGCAGAAAAAGACAGCAAGAUUCCCACGAACCCCACGCAGCCCAUCACCAUGGGAGACAGCUGGUCGCUCGAGGUCAUGUCACAGGUACAAGUCCUGCUGUACUUCCUUCAGCUGGAGACUAUUCCAACACCGGACAGCAAGAGACAGAGCAUCCUCUUUUCCACUGAGGUCUAAAAUAAAGCACACUGAAGCAAGAUGAACUCCAUUAAAUGGAUUAAUGUGUGUGUGUGUGAGAGAGAGAGAGCUGGAUAGAUAGAUAGAGUCCCCUGCUGGACACUAGCAGGAAUAUCAAGAAUCCCUCUUGAGGUCUACACGAAACCACUGAAGUGUGCCUGCGACUCAAAUGGAUCAUAAAUACUCACUCUUUCCGGAGCAUUCCUGACACGGCUUAGUGAUUUCUGAACUUUAGUACACUGGUCUGCUCCGUCUGCUGUCCUGGGAACUGUGUGGACUGUGGGUCAGUGCUGUAUCCUUGUAUCCUGUAUCCUUGCACACGUUCCGAUCAGCCAGCAUGGUUUGAGCCUCCUCCUCCUCUUCCUCUUCCUCUUCCUCCUCCUUCAUUUCUGUUCGCUGAGUACUAGCCCCGAACCCUGUUUCUGCUGCUGCCGUCAAAUAGUGCUCACAGCAUCAUUCCUGAGUCUGUGCUCAUUUCCAGUGUGCUGGUGUCGCUGCUAGUUAAGAUCCAAGACGCUUGCUUUAACCUAGGGCUUUCCCUCUCCCUUUUUUAGUCAUCGUGCUUAAGUUAGGAUAUUAAACCUUUUAGAUAUAAGUCGACCAAAAAUCGAACGUUGUCACCUUGAGGCACCAUUGAAAGCAAUAUGGGACGAUUAGACGCGAGCACCUUUGAUGGUUUUGUGCUUUCGUGUCAAAGAGAAAAUUCAGUCACUGGGAUAACUGCUUAAAGAACGUAACACUGAACAACGGUCAAUUUUAUUGUGUGCUGUUUCUGUUCCGUUAAUAACAAUUUUGUCUCUCAUGCCUAUUGUGAGCAAUAGUUUCAACAUAAGUGUUACAUUCUGUAGACAGUUCAAUAUGCAUUAUUAUUAUUAUUAUUAUUAUUAUUAUUAUUAUUAUUAUUAUUAUUAUUAUUAUUAUUAUUAUGUGAUUGUCUUUAAGAACUUUGUGGAAAUAUGUAUGUACAUAAUUCUUUAUUUUUUUCUUUUUUUGUUGUAGGAUUUCCUUUUAGUGUAAUGAUUAUUUAUUUAUUUUUCAACAGGCUGUCUUGUCUAUUCAUUAAAGAUAUCACUCAUGAGGAAGUAUCUAAUAGUAUGUAAGACUAAUAUAUAAAUACUGAAGCGACCUUUGACCCUUUGACUUACUUUGCCUGGUUCACAUUCCAUUUAAAGCCACAGAUAGUCACUGUGUCUUGACCUGCAGCCUUUUUUUGUGCACUAUUUUUUUUUUUUUUUUGUUAUUCUUUUGUAAUCCGAAUGCAUUGUGGGAAUAUUUUAGAGUGCUCUUGAGAUCUCAUAAUGCAACGCAAAUAAUAGAAGUGUGUCCAAAUGAUCAACAGUAUACCCAUAAUGCACUUUGCAGAUUGUAGGGAUUAGGGAACACGGCUUCGGAGGCUAUUUUGAAACACAGCCGGUGAGUUUGAUUAAGUGUAUCUGAACGAAUGCAGGACAACGUGUUUGUCCUCGUCCUUCGCGUCUGCUUUCUGAAGGAUCGUUUGCGAGGCGUCUCCAUGUCCGUGUCCUUUUCUGAGACCUCCAUGAAUUUGUGUCUUUUUUUUUCUUCCUCUCAUUAUACAGCAGUGCCUCACUGUCUUAGUGUAAUAAAGCUACAUUUGGUCUCUAAGUAGCUGUAUAUGUACAUGCAAUGUCACGGGGGAAGAAAACAUGCGCAGUGUUUCGCUUCUGUCCUCGAAUUUGUUUUUCGUUCAUCCUCUCAGUGACAUGUCAGUCAUCUUCGGCACUGUGUUCUGAAGCACCAACAAGCACCUCCUUUCAUUCGUAUUCAUAUCAGUCUCUGAGCUGUUACAAAGCAUGCAGGUAAAAAGAAAUCAACAUCUCAAUUAAAAAAAAAUCAAUAUGCAUUGCUUUUAUUUAACAUGCAGGCAUGUUUAUUUUUUUAUUUUUUUAAACGGUAAUGAAAUGUUUCAGUGUUUCAUUGUGAGCCGAACUCUUGCUUCUGUGUUGUUGUUGUUGUUGUUUUUUUUAUUUUGUGAAAGGAUUUUGUAUUUGAACUCAUAUAGUAAAACUUUUUUUUCCCUUUGUUUUAAA